AAGGGAGGGAAGGGAGGGAAGGGAGGGAAGGGAAGCGGAGGAGGAAGAGGAACGCUUCUUCUGUUGUCAAUGUUGAGGUGGAGGUGAGCGGCGCCCCCCUGAGCUCCCUUCAAGAGGCGGGGCAGGCGAUCGGGGGAGACUCCCUUUCUUAUGACGACCUGUUGAAUCGACUCGGGAUUGCAGUCGACUGUUUCCAAAGCCUAGGGUGUGGCGCGAACAUCGUCAGUCUAAAAGUAAUGUACCCCGUCGCCCCUCCUGCCGUCCCGGAAUUUAAGUCUCCAAACGAGCAGUUCGGCGCCCUGCUCGCACCCGGCGCCCCUCUGUACAGCGAUCAGCAGCAGCAACUGGAGAAAGAAAAGCUAGACCAGCUUCUCCAAGGGGAGGUGUUCCUUCGGCCGUCGUACGCGAAGGUCAUGCAGGAGCCUCCUGAGGUAGUGAUGGCCAACGAAGUCUUUCGUGUGGUCGUAGCCGCGUUCUCGGAGAAUGGCACUAAAGUCAGCAGCCUUGGCAGCAAAGGCUCCCCUUGGAUGUUGACGGCGAGCCUGGAAGGAGGGCCUCCAGGGGCUCGGCUGCAGGGCUCCACCACCGCCCCAUACUCUCAGGGCCAAGCCGUCUUUUCCGACCUUGCGGUAGACACACCCGGAGGAGAUUACAGGCUCAAGAUCAGGGUGACCUCUCCUGAGAAUGCUCCCACCCUUGAGGUCACUCUCGAGGACACUUUCAGUGUGGAACUUGAUUUCUGACUAAAAGCUGUGACGAGUCUUGCAAAGGAGAGAAAGUCUGCGGUUCCCGACCCACAGUUCACUACAAGUGAGAGCCAUUCGUUGAUCUCAGAUGUUAAAGUGUUAAACAAAGUUCUAAUGCUGUUCUGUUUUAUAAUUGUUCUUUCGAAUAUUGCAGUAUUUUUGUAUUCAGCUGUGUAGAGACAGUGAUCUUUUAAAUCAUAAUAUAAUCAGUGUCAAAGCACAAAAAUAAAAUUUCACUCCGAGUACACAUUUUUUUUCUUUUUUUUUUUUUUUAGGAAAGUAAUGUCUUCAUUAACAAAACAUCAUAACUUAUUAAACUGUUCAACAUAUUAAUACAUGCAAGAUCAUUCUUUAAAUCACAGUGAGCUACAAUUAUUGUCAUAAUUACAAGACAUUAAAUAAUUGCUCAGAUUAAACUCAGUAGAAUUAAUUAGAUUAUAUCAACAAUUUGAAAACGUAAAUAUUUUUCAUGCAAAUUUAUUUAUGUGCACAAACUCUACAGACCGAAAGUGAAUGAACAAAAUUCCCUCUCCUUCUUGGAAAAGAAACUACAAGACAAAGAAAAUAAAACCAUUGGUACUGAAUUUGAAUAGUUUAUGAUUCAAGGAUGUAACUAAUAGGAAAAUAUGUUAAUCGUCCGGCUGGAAUAAAGUUAAUAAUAUGAAUAAUA